CUUUGGCUAUCAAUUGUUUUAUGCAUUGUAUGGGCGGAGUCGAGAUGACUGAAGCACAAUUUCGGACUAUUGCCGUUGUGUAUAUUGUUAAUUGUAGAAAUAUUUCACUUUUUUUUGGCAUGCUGAAGAUCUCUACAUGUAUUCCUUAUAUGCAUCACUCUCCCUAUUAUUUAUAAAUAAGCCCACUCAUCAUUCGCCUCAACUCGCGUCUUGCCCUUCCCUCUCUAUCCAUACCUACUCUCUCUCAACCAGAAACCGGUCUCCCUUCCCUUUAGGGAUGGUUUUUUGAAGUGAAGAGUUGGCAGUGUGAAGGCAGUUUCUAGAUUUAGAAAUGUCUCAAGAUAUAAGAAAGUGGUUUGUGAAGCCACAUGGUAUACAAGCAGGAAAUGGCAACACAUCGAAGCAAGAAAAGCCAUUGACACCUGAGAAGCCUCCUGUUGUACAAGAAGCGAAAGAAUCUUCCAGUAGGAGGAAAACAAGUAAAUAUUUUGCUAAGGAUGCACAGAGUGUAAAAGAUGAGAUGGGGGUUGAGGAAGUUUUUGAAAAGAAGGCACAGAAGGGCAGUACGGGGUCAGCAAGCGAGAAGCCUCCAUCAGGGAAAAAACCCCGCAAAUUUCAAAUCAGUGAUGACGAUGAUGAUUUUGCCACACCUACGUUAAGGAAGGGUUUAGUAGAAGCCAGUCCAAACAAGAAGUUGAAAAGUGAAUCUGGUAAAGGUGUUGCUCGAAAAAUCGCUGAUGUUAUUGAUGAAGAUGAUGAUCAAACAGUAAAGUCCAAUGCAAAAUCUGCUGGAAGGGGUAGGGGUAGGGGUCGGGGUAGGGUUGCAAAAGGUUCUGCAGUGACCCAAAUCACUGUAGAAAGCAUGGAUGUUGAUAAGAGUGAUGCAGAAGAGGACAUGGAUGAUAAAGAUGCUAAACCUACAAAACCUGGUGGGCGAGGCCGUGGUGGAAGAGGUGCACCAGCAGGCGGAAGAGGUAGAGGUGGUGGAGGAAGAGGUGGAUUUAUGAACUUUGGUGAGAGGAAAGAUCCUCCUCAUAAAGGAGAGAAGGAAGUCCCCGAAGGUGCUCCAGACUGUUUAAAUGGUUUGACGUUUGUGAUUAGUGGAACACUUGACAGUUUAGAAAGAGAAGAAGCUGAGGAUCUGAUCAAACGCCAUGGCGGGCGUUGCACUGGAUCUGUCAGCAAAAAGACGAAUUAUCUUCUAUGUGAUGAAGAUAUUGGUGGACGGAAGUCUGAGAAGGCCAAAGAGCUUGGUACUGCUUUUCUCACGGAGGAUGGGUUGUUUGAUAUGAUUCUAGCAUCAAAUAAAUCAAAGAAGCCAGUAGCUAAGGUUGCUCCAUCUCCUCCCAAGAAGAGCCCUCAAAAGCCUGAAAAAAGUAAACAAACAGGCCAAACUGUGACAAACUCAGACACAAAAGGAUCGGCCUCUAUUUCACCAUCUGCUAAACGUAAAAACCUAUCUACUUCCCUACCAUGGACAGAAAAAUAUAGGCCGAAGGUUCCUAAUGAUAUUGUUGGGAAUCAGUCUCUUGUAAAACAGCUCCAUGAUUGGUUGACAAACUGGAAUGAACAAUUCCUUGAUGCCAAGAACAAGGGAAAAGGAAAGAAACAGAACGAUUCUGGUGCUAAGAAAGCUGUGCUUUUGAGUGGGACGCCUGGUAUUGGGAAGACUAGCUCAGCAAAGUUGGUUAGUCAGAUGCUUGGAUUUCAAACAAUUGAGGUUAAUGCUAGUGAUAGUCGUGGGAAAGCUGAUGGUAAAAUUGAGCGAGGAAUCCAUGGAAGUACUUCUAACUCUAUCAAAGAACUUGUUAACAAUCAAUCCCUGAGUCUUAAACCGGGAAGCUCUCAAAAUGUGAAGACUGUUCUCAUCAUGGAUGAGGUUGAUGGUAUGUCUGCUGGAGAUAGAGGGGGAGUUUCUGAUCUUAUUGCCAGUAUCAAAAUCUCAAAAAUUCCGAUAAUAUGCAUCUGUAAUGAUCGCUACAGCCAGAAACUUAAGAGCCUUGUGAACUACUGCUUGCUGCUUAGCUUUCGGAAGCCAACAAAGCAGCAGGUUGCUAAAAGAUUAUCACUUAUAGCAAGUUCAGAAGGGCUUCAAGCUAAUGAGAUUGCACUUGAGGAACUUGCAGAAAGAACUAAUGGAGAUAUACGCAUGGCCCUCAACCACCUGCAGUAUAUGAGCCUCUCUAUGUCUGUCAUUAAAUUUGAUGAUAUUAAGCAACGCCUUCAAAGUAAUUCAAAGGAUGAAGAUAUUUCCCCAUUCACAGCGGUUGAUAAACUGUUUGGAUUUAAUAGUGGGAAGCUGCGAAUGGAUGAGAGAAUUGACCUUAGCAUGAGUGAUCCUGAUCUGGUUCCUCUUCUUAUCCAGGAGAACUAUAUCAAUUAUAGGCCAAGUUCUGGUGGUAAAGAUGAUAAUGGUAUGAAAAGGCUAAACUUCAUUGCUCGGGCUGCAGAGUCCAUUGGGAAUGGUGAUAUUAUUAAUGUCCAGAUACGGAGGUACCGGCAGUGGCAACUCUUUCAGGCUGGUUGUAUUGCAUCUUGCAUCACUCCUGCAGCCCUAUUGCAUGGACAAAGAGAGACACUUGAGCAGGGGGAACGCAAUUUCAAUAGAUUCGGUGGAUGGCUAGGAAAGAAUUCUACGAUGGGGAAGAAUAACAGACUUUUGGAGGACCUUCAUGUUCAUCUUCUUGCUUCUCGCGAAUCAAACUUAGGAAGGUCAACAUUGCGACUUGACUACCUGAUACGUUGAAUCCCCACAGCUCGUCCGAGUCAGACGACGGCACCCCAAGGGAGGGCGAGGCAGAGGAUAUACAUGCCCCGUCAAUAACGUCUGAGACAAGGGAAACGGCGAGGCCAUCGCCGAGAGAGAGGAGGGAGCAGAGGAAGUCAGCGAGAAGAACCAAGCCACCCUUAAGGUUCGGGGAAUACGUUUCCAGAUAGGGCGCGAGGAGUUGGCGCGUAGAGUAGGCUGAGUUUUUGCUUAUCUUUAAUUCUGUUAUUUUUUUAUUGUUUUGAUUGAGCUAUUGGGUCGAGCAAUUUAUAAGCUCCGGGCCGGGUUUUCUUUGUUGGUUCUUUCCCGGCCCGUAAGUCGAACCAGCCCUAGGGUCCUUAGAUUAUAAAUAGGCGUGAAAUUAAUAAAUGGGUAUGAAAAUUUUCGCCUA